AUGGGGAAGCGUGCAAUUUCUGAGUACGUCAGGUACACGCCGGAGCAGGUGGAGGCGCUGGAGAGGGUCUACACCGAGUGCCCUAAACCUAGCUCCAUUAGGAGGCAGCAGCUCAUUAGGGAGUGCCCGAUUCUGUCAAAUAUCGAGCCCAAGCAGAUUAAAGUCUGGUUUCAGAAUCGGAGGUGCCGUGAGAAACAGAGGAAGGAGGCUUCUCGUCUCCAAACUGUAAACAGAAAGCUGACCGCUAUGAACAAGUUGCUGAUGGAGGAAAAUGACCGAUUGCAGAAGCAAGUUUCUCAUCUCGUGUAUGAGAAUGGCUACAUGCGUCAACAAAUCACCACUGCAACUGUCGCAACUACGGACAAUAGCUGUGAGUCUGUAGUAACAAGUGGUCAGCAUCACCAACAGCAAAACCCAACCCCGCAGCAUCCUCAAAGAGAUGCUAAUAACCCAGCAGGUCUACUCGCUGUUGCUGAGGAGACUCUGACAGAGUUCCUCUCCAAGGCGACCGGAACCGCUGUCGAAUGGGUUCAGAUGGUUGGGAUGAAGCCUGGUCCGGAUUCUAUUGGCAUUAUUGCUGUCUCCCACAACUGUAGUGGUGUAGCAGCAAGAGCCUGCGGUCUUGUGAGUUUAGAACCCACAAAGGUCGCUGAGAUCCUCAAAGAUCGCCCAUCUUGGUAUCGUGAUUGCCGUUCCCUUAAUGUGCUGACUGUUAUUCCUACUGGAAAUGGAGGGACCGUUGAGCUUAUAUAUAUGCAGACAUAUGCACCUACAACUUUAGCAUCAGCACGGGACUUUUGGACUCUUAGAUACACUACUGGUCUAGAAGACGGCAGUCUUGUGAUCUGUGAGAGAUCAUUGACUCCUUCGACUGGUGGUCCAGCUGGACCUCCUUCUCCUGGUUUUGUUAGAGCUGAGAUGCUGCCGAGUGGGUAUUUGAUUCGACCUUGCGAGGGUGGUGGUUCAAUGAUUCACAUUGUUGACCAUCUUGAUUUAGAUGCUUGGAGUGUGCCUGAGGUUCUGAGACCCUUGUAUGAAUCACCAAAAAUAUUGGCACAGAAAAUGACCAUAGCUGCAUUACGUCAUAUUAGACAGAUUGCACAAGAAUCAAGCGGUGAGAUUGCUUAUAAUGGUGGAAGACAACCUGCUGUCCUGAGGACUUUUAGCCAGCGGCUUAGCAAGGGUUUCAACGAUGCUGUGAAUGGAUUCACAGAUGAUGGGUGGUCGUUAUUAGGCAGUGAUGGCGUUGAGGAUGUAACGAUUAUGAUAAACUCAUCACCAGAUAAGCUUCUUGGGAGCUCAUCUAUAUUUUCUCCCAUUGGUGGUGGCAUCUUAUGCGCAAAGGCCUCUAUGCUCCUGCAGAACGUGCCACCAGCCCUGCUUGUUCGUUUUCUGAGGGAGCACCGAUCUGAAUGGGCUGACUGUGGUGUUGAUGCUUAUUCUGCUGCAUCCUUGAGAGCUAGCCCAUAUGCAGUUCCUGGGUUGAGGGCUAGCAGUGGUCUUUUUGGUGGUCAGGUUAUAUUACCUCUUGCUCAUACUGUAGAACAUGAAGAGUUCUUGGAAGUGAUUAGGCUAGAAGGUCAUGGCCUCAACCAAGAUGAUAUUCUUAUGUCAAGGGACAUGUUUCUAUUGCAGUUAUGCAGUGGAGUUGAUGACAACUCGGUCGGUGCAUGUGCACAGCUUGUAUUUGCUCCUAUAGAUGAGUCUUUUGCUGAUGAUGCUCCCUUGCUGUCCUCAGGGUUCCGCGUCAUACCUCUUGAUCAGAAAAUGGACUCACCUGCUGCUACGAAAACUCUUGACCUUGCUUCGACUCUGGAGGUGGGACGUGGCGUUUCAACUCGCUCUGCAAGCGAUAGUGCUUCAAAUGCGUACAACCUGAGAUCGGUUCUGACGAUAGCUUUCCAGUUUACCUUUGAGAAUCACCUCAGAGACAAUGUUGCAGCAAUGGCCAGGCAAUAUGUGAGAAGUGUUGUAGCCUCGGUACAGAGAGUGGCAAUGGCUAUUGCUCCUUCGCAGUUAGGCACCCAGCUAGGAGUGAAGCAUCCACCUGGAUCCCCUGAAGCGCAAACUCUUGCUCGGUGGAUUUCCCGCAGCUAUCGGUCCCAUUCUGGAGUGGAACUCUUCCAUGGGGAUACCCAAGCUGGUGAUUCUCUGUUGAAAGUCCUCUGGCAACACUCUGAUGCGAUCAUGUGCUGUUCUCUGAAGUCGACACCUGUGUUUACAUUUGCGAAUCAAGCUGGGCUGGAUAUGCUGGAGACAACCCUCGUCGCCCUCCAAGAUAUAACUCUUGAGAAGAUACUGGAUGAUGCUGGUCGCAAGAUGUUGUGCUCAGAGUUCCCAAAGAUUAUGCAACAGGGUUUUGCCUAUUUACCCGGUGGUAUAUGCGUAUCAAGCAUGGGAAGGCCGGUAUCAUACGAGCAAGCCGUAGCUUGGAAAGUCCUGAAUGAAGAGGAUACUCACCAUUGUUUGGCUUUCAUGUUUGUGAACUGGUCUUUUGUUUGAUCAAAAUCCCUUCUAGAAAUGGCGGAGGGUUUGAAAUUUAGACUUUUAUAUGGUUUUAUGGAAUUUUUAGUGCUAGAAGAAAAUGUUGUAUUAUGAUGAAACAAAUUAUGGUUUGUACUCUGUUAAGUUAAAUGCUGACAGCUUAUCUAAGUUUGUUUUAUAUGCUAU